GCCUUUUCCUUUAAAAUCUAUUAAUGAGUUCUUCAUUAACCCAAUCUAAAUCUUCAUUAUUCAUUUCCCUCAAAGAAAAUAACGUACAACGCAAAUGGGUUUUCAGUCAGCGGAUUACUUCAUCCUUCUACUCCUCUUCCUGUUCCUGUUAUGCCCAAUUUUACAAGCAGCAGAAUCUCAAGAACCUGCCUGUGGUAAAGAAGUAUGUGGGAAUAUUACAAUUCCAUCGCCUUUUGGAAUCGAUAGCAGCUGCUAUACUCAUUCUUGGUUUAGAGUAACUUGCAAUUCGACCCGUAAUGGGAAAAGGCCAUCCAUAAACGUAAAUGGCAUCGAUCUGGAGGUGCUUGAUUCCAUAUAUUCAGACGCCAUUCUCAUCAGUAAUCCGGUUACUUAUAUUAAUUGUGAACGUAUAAGCGAGGCUAGUGUGAGUGUGAAUCUCUCAGGCACUCCCUUUUUCUUCUCAAGUGACAAAAAUAUUUUCGGGUCAGUAGGUUGCGGAAAUUUGGCAACUGUUUUAAGUAACGAAGCUGAUUCACUUGGCGGCUGCGUUCAACCAAGGUGUGACCAUGGUGCUUCUGAAUCUGGCUGCUUUACUGGAAUUGCUGGAAAUUUCACUUCCUAUACUGUAAACAUGACAGCCAUGUAUCCUGACAGCAACAGAUGCGCAUCUGCUUUCAUCUUUAGCGUGUACUCAUUCAGUAGUGCUUACCCAUUACCCAAUGGCAUCAAUUUUGGAACAAGGCAUGUUCCCGCCGUACUCAGCUGGAAUUCCACCUAUUGCGGUGACGGAGGAUGCGGAAGACCAGGACUAGGACCUAUGAACUUCCACACCUAUAAGGUAGAGUCUUGUGGGAAUGUUACUUUUCACUACCCUUUUAGCAUGAAGGCCCAAGAUGAUUCCAAUAACUCGUUUAAAGUAAUUUGCAACAAAACUGCCAAUGGGAAAGAAGUGCCUUUAUUAAAUAUAAAUGGCACGAAUCUACAAAUACUAGGGUUUGAUUUUUUGUAUGGCACAGUCAAGGUCAGCCAUCCAAUAACUUACUCCAACUGUCGAAAGAACCAUCACAAUGGGAUGAGUCUCAACCUAACAGGCACCCGCUUUUACUACUCAGAUUCCGACAACUUCUUCAAGUCUUUAGGUUGUGGUAAUUUGAUUACUAUUUUCGGCAACGAAACAAAUAAUCUUAUAGGCGGAUGUUUGCAACCAAGUUGUAAGAUUAAUAAGAAGACUUCCUCUAUCGUUGGUUGUCCUCUUACUAUUCCUAAGGGUCUCAGUUCAUUCUUUGCAAACAUGAGUGAUAUGGUUGAUUCAAGUGAUUAUAGGAGGAAAAGAUCAUGCGGAUUUGCUUCCUUGAUUUCUUAUGACUUUGAUUUAACUGAUGAUUUUGAUCUAAGUCAUAGGACGCAUGUCCCAACGCAACUGCAAUGGGGAACACUAAUAUCUGGAGAGUGCUAUUUGAACGAUAGUUUGGACACUUCUUGUACAUUCGAUGGUGAAUAUUGUUGGUCGAGGUUGAGCGUUAACCAUCUAUGUUCAUGCAAGAGGGAUAUCAGUGAUAUCAGUUAUUCAAGAUCAUGCAAAGAUGGGAAAUGUGAGAAUUAUAAGUACUGCAACAUGCUUUGCUUGAAUACCCCUAGCAACUAUUGCUGGUCAGACUCUUGCCCUCCUCAUUAUGAAUACAAUAGUACGGGAUUUCGUUGCGAGCGUAAAAUAAAAACUCAAAACACUCGUAAUUUGAAAAGCAUUAUUGUAGGUUGCAGCACUAGUGUUGGGACACUAUUUCUAUUACUCGCAACAUGGAGUAUGUACAAAGCCCUCAAAAGAAAACAAAAAAUCAUGCUGAGGCAGAAAUACUUCAAAAGGAAUGGAGGUUUGUUACUGCAACAACAUUUGUCUAGCAAUGAAGGUAAUGUUGAAAAAAUUAAAUUGUUUACCUCAAAAGAGAUGGAAAAGGCAACGGAUUAUUAUAAUGAGAACCGAAUUCUUGGUCAAGGAGGUCAAGGGACUGUUUAUAAAGGAAUGCUAAUAGAUGGAAGCAUUGUGGCUAUUAAGAGAUCCAAAAUGGUGGAAGGAAAGAAAUUUGAUGAAAAGAAGGUUGAACAGUUCAUUAAUGAGGUGAUAAUUUUAUCUCAAAUUAAUCACAGGAAUGUGGUUAAGCUUUUAGGGUGUUGUUUAGAAGCUGAAGUUCCUCUAUUGGUGUAUGAGUUCAUCCCAAAUGGUACAUUAUACGAUCUCAUUCAUAACCAAACUGAAGAAUUGUCAUUGACAUGGGAAAUGCGUUUACGAAUUGCGAUUGAAAUUGCCAACGCCUUGUUCUAUUUGCAUUCAGCUGCUUCUGCUCCUAUUUAUCACCGAGACAUCAAAUCUAGUAACAUACUUUUGGAUGGUAAAUAUAGGGCAAAAGUUUCAGAUUUUGGAACUUCAAGAUCAGUUGCACUUGAACAAACACAUCUAACCACUCGGGUCCAAGGAACUUUUGGAUACAUGGAUCCCGAAUAUUUUCGAUCAAGUCAAUUUACAGAGAAGAGUGAUGUUUAUAGCUUUGGAGUUGUUCUUAUUGAGCUUUUAACAGGACAAAAACCUAUCUCCGUAGAACAAUCAGAGCCAGUGAGAAGCUUGGUAUCUUAUUUUUUGGAUUCAAUGCAGGAGAAUUCCUUGUUUAACAUUCUUGAUCCAAUGGUAGUAAAGGAUGGUCCAGAACAGGAGAUUAUAGUUGUGGCUCUGCUAGCAAAAAGAUGCUUGAAUCUUAUUGGAAAGAAAAGACCCACCAUGAAACAAGUAGCAAUGGAGCUAGAGUUUAUUAAAGCUUCAGGUGGAAAUGUUAUUGGAGAAUGUGGUGAUGAAGAAUCUGAAAUAGAUGACAUGAUCCAAUCAUGGGAGACCAAUCCUAGUAGUUCAAUGUCCAGGACAAUUACAACCAACAGCGUAACUUUUCCAUUAAAUUCAUCUUUCUAGGUUCCAAUACUCCUAAAACAAUCUCUUAACUGAUAGCUUUUAGCUUCUCUAUAUGUCACAUUGGUGGAGUCUUGUGGUUGCCCAAGAAUUCAUACUUGUUACACUCAAUGUUAUUUGACCUCUUUAAGGUAUUUAUUA